GAACAUUUUCACAUCUCAGACUUUGGAUUAUUUCUGGUCCGUAACACUUGAUGUUUGUCAGCUUGUUUUUCGUGUUCCUCCUCACAGAUGGGGCAUCCUCUGAGGGGAAAUGUGCUUACCAGGAUGUUGUCAAUCAUUUGGGUUUGACCUACAACAAUAAGACGUUCCACAUGACCCGGCCUGCUGCUAACUACAGAGUGCCCACAUACGUCUUUAUGGAGUUGUAUGUCUAUACCAUUCUAGAAGUGAGAGAGAAGGACCAGAUAUUUGUUCCUUAUGUUUGGAUCGCAUUGGAGUGGCAAAAUGACUUCAUACUUUGGGAACCUGAUCAAUUUUGUGGUAUUUCAAAUUUGUCUGUUCCAGCUGAACUCAUUUGGAAGCCAGAUCUCACCGUAGAGGAAGCGACAGACAACGACAAGUCUAAACCUAACCCUUAUGUGACAAUAUUAUUUAAUGGGACUUCUGAAAUAAUAGAUAACCACGUGGUGGUCAGCACCUGCAAGAUGCAAGUCUUCAGAUUCCCCUUUGACACUCAGAGCUGCAACCUCACUUUUAGGUCUGUUGUACACUCUGAUAAAGAAAUCGAGAUCCAUACAUUCAACGAUAAAUGGAGCAUAAAAGAGUCUCGCAGGAUGAUACAGAAACAGUCUGAGUGGGAGUUGAUCAGCAUUGAAAUCAACAAUGAAACUAUCAACAUAAAGAGGAGGUCGGCGCUCUACAUUGUCAACUUCAUACUCCCCAUCUUGUUCUUCCUGUGUCUGGACUUGGCCUCCUUCCUGAUCUCAGACACCAGUGGCGAGAAGCUGGGCUUCAAGGUCACAGUGCUGCUCGCUGUAACUGUGAUGCAGCUCAUUCUCAAUGAAAUUCUGCCUUCUUCAUCAGAGCGGAUCCCACUGAUAGCCGUCUACUGCAUUGGGGUUUUUGCUCUGAUGAUGCUCAGCCUCCUGGAGAGUGUUUUUGUGAUGUACCUGAUAGACAAAGACAACGCACCACAGGACAAUGAGAGAGAUGAAGACCUGAGGCUGAGCGAGGACAAACGAGGCAAAGCUAGAUGUGGAGGAGAGGUGAAUAAAUGUGUUCACUCUUCAUCUGGCUGUGAUGUGUCUCCCAUUAAGACGCCAUCUGAAAAGCUGCCAGUGGCUACAGAGGAUAGCAACAUCCAACUGAUGGAGGUGUCUCUGGCCUUGUAUGAGGUGAGGAACCAGAUAAAGACUCUACUCGUCAGCAGCAGGAAGGAGGAAGCAAAACCUGGCUACUGGACCAGAUAUAGCGGCGUUUAG